AUGACCAGAAUGUAUGAAGAUCUCGGUUGCUACAGCUGUAAACCAGAGAGUUUAAAAGUCUAAAACUUUUUUUUCCCCCCUCCUCUAGAUUUUCAACUGAAUUCUCACCUAUCAACACUGGCAAAUAUUCACAAGAUUUACCACACCCUCAAUAGGCUGAAUCUGACAGAGGACGUUGGUCAAGACGAUCACCAGACAGGAGAGAGACUUUCAAAGAUACGAAGAAUAGGAAGUCUCCGGUCUUGCAGUUCAUCAGACUGCUUUAGUAAAGUGAUGCCUCCAAGGAAAAAGAGGAGACCUGCAGCAGGAGAUGAUUUAUCUGCUAAGAAAAGUAGACAUGAUGGUAUGUAUAGAAAAUAUGAUUCAACUAGAAUAAAAGCAGAGGAAGAAGUCUUUUCAAGUAAGAGAUGCUUAGAAUGGUUCUAUGAAUACGCAGGCACUGAUGACAUCGUAGGGCCAGAAGGUAUGGAGAAAUUUUGUGAAGACAUUGGAGUUGAACCAGAAAAUGUAGUUAUGCUUGUGCUAGCAUGGAAGUUGGAUGCACAAAACAUGGGCUACUUUACAUUACAAGAAUGGUUAAAAGGAAUGACAUCACUACAAUGUGAUACUACAGAAAAAUUGAGAAAUUCUCUGGAUUACUUGAGAUCUUUAUUAAAUGAGCCUACCAAUUUUAAACUUAUUUAUAGAUAUGCAUUUGACUUUGCACGGGAAAAGGACCAGCGCAGCCUAGAUAUCAAUACUGCCAAGUGUAUGUUGGGCCUUCUUUUAGGAAAAACAUGGUCCCUUUUUCCAGUAUUUCACCAGUUUCUAGAGCAAUCAAAAUACAAAGUUAUCAAUAAGGACCAAUGGUGUAACGUUCUCGAAUUCAGCAGAACAAUUAACCUCGACCUCAGUAAUUAUGAUGAAGAUGGAGCCUGGCCAGUGUUGUUGGAUGAGUUUGUGGAAUGGUAUAAAGGAAAGCAGAUGACAUAGGAGUUUAACUAUGCACAGCCACUCAAGAGUCACUGUUACUACAGUUAUGUCAACCAUUAGCCAUAAACUGCUAUUUGUAUCAAAGUGCAUGCUGCUUUUCUUGCACUGCAUCCCUUUUGCAGGGAACUUUUGAUGUUUGCUAUUUAACAAGCUAGCUAUGCUUGCUGUGUAGCAUUGUUCUCUUUGAAGGCUGCUUUGCGUUUUGUAUUUACACUACGAAUUGGUGAACUUGCCAGCGUCUUCACUGUGAUUAUGUGUAUAUUGCUGUCUAAAUUUUGUAUAUGUGUAUAAAAAAAAAAGCUUCACCUAGGGAUUAUUUCUGCAGAAACGUAUUGUAAAAAUAAUUUUGUGGCAUAUUUCUAGUCAUCACUUAUAUGUUUGUUGAAAUUUGAGUUAUUUUGUUUUUCUUUUGGUCUCAAAUGUAGCAUUUCAGAAAACAAAAUGAAUAGACUGCUUGGACAUAGUUACGUGAAGAACUAUUGUCAAUUUUUGUUACUAUUUGAGAUGCCAAUUUCUUAGGGGAGAAGACGUGCUGUGACUUUCUUCACCGGAGUUCGCCAAACCUGACCUAUUGCUUAAUAGGAAUGAAACAUUGGUGUCUUAAAAAAAAAAAAAUAUAUAUAUAUAUACACACAUAUAAAUAUUAAAACACUGUAAUAGUUGUACAUGCCACAGAUUAUUUCCAUUUGAAGAAAAAAGUACUGACUUUUUAAUGUUAAAACUGCAGUAGUCAUUACAGGUACAAAUGAACAAAUUAAAGUACCUUUUAAAAAUGGG